UUCUGCGAGAGGAUUCAACAAGGAUCAUUCGAUUGAUCUCCGGAGGAAACAGCGGCAAACCAGAGAAACUACAAACUAGCAGUGGCAGUAGGCGGCGGAGGAUUCGCCGGAGAUAAUCCGAUCGCUCUCCAGAGGAAACAGCGGCAAGCUAGAGAAGCCACACACUAGCAGUGUCAGUGACAGAGCGAAGACAGGUUGGAGGAGAGAGGGGGGAGGGUGAAGCACUGGUUGUAACAGUAGCGCAACAGAAGGAUGGAAGCAAAGGAGCCUCUUGAUUUUGAGAAGGAAGACCAGCUUCUGAAUGCUACCCCUCGUAAAAGGAGAAAGGUUAUUGGUUUGGAUGAUCUUCUUACCGAUUAUUAUGAAGCGAUAAAUAAAGUUGUAGAUUGCAAGCCCAAGAAUAAGUCUUUCUGUAAAGGAUAUAAUUCAGAUGAAGAUGAAAAAACUCAAAGAAAGAAAGAGAGAAUGCUAUCUAAGUUUGUGGAGAACUGCGAGAAACAGGUCAAUGAGAUGAAUACGGAAGAUGAAAUUCCAUUAUGGAAUCAAAGACUUUUUGGACAACAGAAGUCUCCACCAUUAUUUGAAUCCAUGAGUUUGUCAAAUUGUCAACUUCUGCAGUUCCCAUCAGUAGGCGAUCUUGAUUCAGUUUUUCAAUGUAAUGCAGGGCAAGAAGAAUGCUUCCUCGAAGGAUUGUUGGUGAAUAGAUGGCUAGCUAAAUUGACUUUCAUAUCUGGCCAUGUGGAAGACUCUGUGGCAAAUUGGGUGUUCCACAAAUUGCUAUAUUCUCCAAACGAGGACAUAGAAGAUGCUGCUUGUGAGUUCUGGUGUGAUAUUCUUCUAUCUAAAGAUGAGGCUGAUAAACCACUUGUAUCACUGGGAUGGUUUCCUAACUAUCACAAACUAAUGGAAGCUCUGGAAAGCUAUGGAUAUAUGGCCGAUAUGUUUGAUAGUCAUUUGACAUCUUCGAAAGAAGCCCAACCAGCAGAUUGUCUUGAAGGACCACCUCGAAAUAUUAGUUCCUGGAUUAAAUUUUUGUGUUUGUGUUGUCAGAUAAGGAGUUAUCACCAAUCUAUCUUCUCUAAGUCAGAAGCAGAGGAACUCCUUAGUAUAAUUAUUCACCUUGUGUUGGAUCGCCAACUUCAGGGCUUGUUACUGACUUUAAAUGAGUGCAUGCAAUCCAUGAUUGGAUAUUUUCGAGAGGAUGAGUGGGAUGCUAGUUGUGAAAAAGUAGCUCGGUCUGUUGUUUCCAGAAUCCCAAAUGAUAUAAACUCUUUAAGGAUCUUAGAAUGCAUAUCUGUUACUAACAACCGUAGCAAGCAUCUCAGAAGUCAAAUCGCCCUUCAAUUCCUUAUACUACACUUUGGCGAAAAGGUGAAUAGCCAUAGAGAAGUUCUGGAGUUCCUUUUGUCUGUCAAUAUGAAGGAAAAAGGCUGUGAUUUCCUCAAGAUAUACAUCUAUUUGGUUUUAGUAGAGAAUUCGCUCUUGUGUCAUCCUCCGCGUGAAGAUCUUGUACUUACCGACCUGUGGUGCAAAUAUUUGCAAAACUGCUCGACCCAAAUCACAAGCACAGAUUGGAGAUCAUAUGCAUCAAAGGUUCGAAGUAAAGCCUCAUACAUAUUGCAAAGCACCACACAAAGAAAUUGCUGAUCAUGUAUGCAGAAUUUGUUGGACAUGAAGGCGAAAGCUAUGAUCUUUAUACAGAUGUGUUUUGUUUGUUUUUUUGCUUUUUGGUUUUGGCCAUUUUUGUUGCCUUAUUUCAUAUCAAAAUCAUGUCACUUCUUAUUUUGCAAGACAAACAAAUAGCAUGGUUGUGAUCAGUUAGAGUAGUUGGUUGAAAAUUUUGAUGUUUAAUGGAUAACCUUGGGGUUUUAUCCAUGAAAGCAAAUGGCAAUUGAGGAUGAUUUUGGACGA